AUGGGAUGGCUUCUUUCAUGCCGCCAAGCCUAUAUAGAGGGAGUAGAGGUGCUUUAUGGUUCAAAUACCAUCCAUCUUGGAAGCAAGACGCUGCUUGAUAACUUACCGGCACUACUUCUUUCUCAAAGACUUUCAAUUAUCCCAGGCCUCGAGGUUGUAUGGUCUGUCGGUACACAUGAGCAUCAAGGCAGGGUAGCUCGAAACCAAGACGAGUUAGAGAAGAUACUGUACAUUCUCGACACACAGUUCCCGAGCUUAUCCAGCCUUCACCUAGGCAUCAGAAUAGAUCUCCCUAACGUCCAGAUGGUAAAUAAUCGAACUAUCAGGCAACGGGCGUAUCUUGAAGAGAUGCUCAGAAGACUAGACGAGUUCGUCAAGCAGCGGAAAAGCUGUCUUCGUAAACCAUUUACAGUGUCUAUCACAACAUCAGCCUGGAGAGAUUUGGAACGAUCUAUUCGCGCCGGUGAUUACCCUGAAAUGAAACUGUCGUGCAACGGGAUCUGGCGCUGCUUUGUACCUAGUCCCAGAGCCAUGGAGGACCCCGUUGAGUAUCAAGAAGGCAACGCGCACAAAGGAUACUGGAUUUGGAGAGACCAGGAUGGUCUUCGAAGGUCCGCGAUAUCAAUGGCACGCGGACAACUGUUGCCUCAUAUGGUAUAG